AGAAAAGAAAUACUCCUAAAAAUUUGAACUUGGUUACUUAUGAAUGUAGAAAUGGCCAUAUUUAAACCAUGCAUUAAUGGACUCUAAAUAUACUACAAAAUGGUAAUGUUCUUCUUAACUUUGGCUUUUAGAGUUCGAGCCUCCACUUCCUCAGCCAGAUUCUGAAUGUCAAAAAGCAGAGUGUCUGUGUGAUGCAUUUGAGGACAACGGGGACUUUGGGUGACCCGGGUUCUCUGGAUGAGACCACCUACGAAAGACUGGCAGAGGAGACGCUGGACUCCUUAGCAGAGUUUUUUGAAGACCUUGCAGAUAAACCUUACACGUUUGAAGACUAUGAUGUCUCCUUUGGGAGUGGUGUUUUAACAGUUAAAAUGGGUGGAGAUCUGGGAACCUACGUGAUCAACAAGCAGACCCCAAACAAGCAAAUCUGGUUAUCUUCACCAUCCAGUGGACCCAAGCGUUACGACUGGACGGGGAAAAACUGGGUGUACUCCCACGAUGGCGUGUCUCUCCACGAACUACUGGCCGCGGAGCUGACUAAGGCCUUAAAAACCAAGCUGGACUUGUCUUCCCUGGCCUAUUCUGGAAAAGGCACCUGACGCCCAGCCCAGUUCUAAAGACAUUAAAAGCUAUAAAGCCAAGACUCCAGCUUCGUUCUGCAGCUGAGUGUCUAGUGUUUUCCAUUCCUGCUUUCGAGGACAGUUGCAUUGUGUGUAACAGCUCUGUGAAAAGAAUGCGUUGCCUCCCACUCUACCCCCAAAUUCGGAUGUUUAAUUUCUGUAGUUUUUUUGGAUUUAUUGUCUGAUUUCCUCCCUCACUGACAUCCCUUCUCUUUUAUGACGUCUGUAUGCCUAUACCCUUAUAAAUAACCUUACAACAAAGAAAAUAAGAAGGAAAAAUUCUAGGAGACGAAAUGAAUUGGUUUCACUAUUCAUUCUUUGAAGGACUUAUUACAAAACUCCGUGAAGAGUGGAUGGCCGACCUCACCAUUCUGUCUCAAAUGAGACUCGUUACAGGGUAGCCUGUAAGUGCUCCCACGCCUCUUGAAAAUGUGAACACUUCUAAGCCCUUCAUUAUUGAAGUGUGGAUGGCGACUCAGGAAUUCUCAAAUCGAAGACUCUUUCUGUGCUUUGUGUCUGCAGGGUGUGGCCUGCACCGGGUGACUCAGGGACGUGUGGUGCCACUUCUUCAGUAUAUGCACAUAUAUGCACACACACGCACAUUUACAUGUAUGUGUGCGUGUGUGUGUGUGUGUGUGUAUAUAUAUAUUUUUUUUAAGGGUUGAUAUGGAAUUGGCUGCUGCAACACUGGUCUGAGAAUGCAGACAGUCUCACAAAGACGAGAGGGGAGUAAAGCCAUCUCCAUAAGCUCGUGGGUGUAGUAGAAUACACGGGGUGUUGGAGCUGAGGAGGUGCUUUGUAAAUUGGGAAGGGCCACAUGAAUGCAGAGGUGUUCAUGUUGAUGAUAAGAACCCUGGUCCUACGCUGUGCUCAGCACAAAGUAGUUGUCAGUCUCUGGGCAAGUUUCAUGCACUCCCCCGACCUGUUUUCCCGUGUGUGAAAUGAGAGGGUUGACUGGAUAGAAUGUCCUUGGUUCCCAGUUCAGACAUGCGGGGGUCCCAUCAGGCAGCGUGACAGGCUGGCUUUAAUCCCCUCCGUAGAUGGGGGAGGACAAUGAACAUUUUUUUAAGCUAUAGAGGAAAUAUAUGGUUAUUGGUAUUGCUGUACUUGAAUUUCAGUUGAAUUCACAAAUAACAUCCUUUCUUGUGCCCUUACCGUGCUAAGCCUGUGCUGUAGACUGAACAUUAUGUUACUCAUUACUUAUGUUCCCCCCAAAUUCCUGUGUUGAAUCCUAACCCCCAAAGUCAUGGUGUUAGGGGGUGUGGACUUUGCGAGGUGAUUAGGUCCUGAGGGCAGAGCCCUCAUCGAUGGGAUUAGUGUUCUUAUAAAAGAGGCCCCAGAGAGCUCCCUUGCCCCUUCUUCCACGCGAGGACACAAGGAGCCUGCCGUCUAUGAACCGGGAAGCUGCCUUUACCAGACUCUGAAUCUGGGGGCCUUGAUCUCGGACAUCCCAGCCUCCAGAACUGUGAGAAAUAAAUUUCUGCUUUUAAGCCA